AUGAGUAUGACAAUGAAUAUAAGACAGAGUUCUAUCGAACUUAAUUGUUCUAAAGUUAUAAAGAGGCAAACAUCAAUGGAUACAUCAGCCUCUUCGUGUUAUAAAAAGAAACAGCUGGUGGUAUCCAAGUCUGCUAAUGAAAUGACAUUCAAUGAUACCAGUUCAAAGCGACAGGAAAUCAAAAGACAAAAUUCAACUGGAAGUAUAUCUAAAGCAACUUUCCAAAAACAAACCUCAACGGAAAUAUUUACAUCGACCUCCCGUCAUCUUCGAAAGGAUUCUUACAUUGUUAGGACCGACAGAAAAAAUCCUGAUAUACUCACAUGUCGUGUUUGUCAAUUUCAGAUGACCAUCAAUUCACAACGAUUAUUUGAGAUCCAGGAAAGACUGGAAAAGUUACUGACAGAGAAGAAAGUUCUCAACUCCAAAAUAGUUGCCGAGUCUUUCAAGAAUUUCCAGACGCAAGUGACAAAGAUUCGAAACAGACAACCUGCAGACAUAAAACCGGCGAUUCGUCGUCUUGAAGGUUCACUGAAAAGUGAAGGCGCCUACAAAAAUGUCAAAGGAGGAUUUGAGUCUAUAAAGUUAGAAAUAACAGAGGUCGUAGAACGACAGGAGUAUGUCACGGAUAAACCACCAACCAUUUUGACGUCACCUACUAAAGUCCCUGUCAAAUCGCGGGACUCGGUACCAGCAACGUCACCAAAGCCGAGUAAAAAACCUGCUCCACGGGCGACAACUGUGACAUUAUCACAACAGAGAGACCGCGGAAAGCGUCAAACUAUGCCCAGCAUACAGAGACCGGUUAUAAAAGAGGAGGCUACCAGUCUUUCGCCUAGAACUAUACAAACAAAGACACCAGCAUUGGAAUCAAAGGACAAGGAUGGGAAAUUGGUGAACCAUCAAGAUAUCUUAUCACUAAACAAGACCAUAUCCAAACUGUUCAAUCAUCUUGCAAUUGAUAAACCGGGCGUGACGGAUUCACCGCCGGUCAAAGGUCAACAACCGGUAAAAUCGCAACAGAAGCCGGUAUCAACUGGUCAGGGAUUAGCAGUCGCAGGGAAAGCACAAAAAGGUAGCUCUAAACGUGACGUGGACGAUUUACAGGAACUCAUAAACAAACUUAAACUCUUUGAACAAGAACUGCAACGGAAACGGACGCAGGAACACGAGGAAAUCCAAACGUUGCAGUCAGAGCUCCAAAAAUUGAAAUCACAGCUGAAAGAACAAAACGGACAGCUUCAACGAAUUCGGGGAACUCACAUGAUAGCGAACAAGGCAAAGGGGAAACACGUAGAACUACUAGAGGAAAGGCAUAUGACUGAAAAGAAAGAUAUAGAGGAGAAACUUCAAGCACUAGAGAAAAACAUCAAAAGAAACCUCGAAGUGACACGAGAAAAUGAUCAAAUCGAGGAAACCAAGCAGGAGCUAUAUAGACUGAAAGUAGAAAUCGAAAAGCUUCAUAGGCUAGCUGAUCCGUCAUAUCAUGAUGGGUUUACUCCAAGGAAAGGCCGGACAGGAUUGAAAUUAUCUGAAGAGGACACAAGCUACGAAAUUGCCGAAAUGUUACACAAAAUGGCUGUCAUUCGCAACGAAAUGCAAGGAUUGAAGGAUUCUAAAGCUGCUCUACAAAGGCACGUUCAGGAAGUAGAUGGUUGGGAAUCGAAGUUCGGAGAAAUUGAGAGAGAGCUGGAGACAUUUUACAAUGAUGCCGUAUCCGAUUUGUCAGCUAUGGAAAGGGAAUCAGAUCUCACAGGCGGAAAUGAAAAUCUACGUAGGAAGUUAACACAAGAUUCCAGCUCCAACUCACAAGCGUCCAAACUUAAACUCAAGAAGUUACAUACACUGUAUCUCAACAGGCGCAAAAAGCUGGAAGGUGCCGAGAGAUCACUGCGGCAGUCACAUCAGGAACUGGACCUGAACAAAGCUAGACUUGUUAAGCUGAUCGAUUCUGUCGACAGAGUAUAUAGUGAUAGUAACCUCUCCGACGACACAAACACAAUCCCGUCGUCACAACGGGAUCGCAGAAGUGGAGUCGAGUUAUCAUCACUGUCAGAGAAAUCGGAACUGGAUGAUGAGUCAAAAUUGUAUGAUUUAGCUAUGGUGCGAGUAAAUGAGCUCGCUGUACGGACAAAAAAGUAUGAUAGCUUGAUGGAACAAAAUGGCAAAGGAAUGAAGGAUCAUGCAAACGAUAUGAAGGUCAUACAAAGGCAAAUUGACCACCUACAUGAUGCAGUAGUAUCCACUGAGACGAUGAAAUUGCCCGACUUUACUACAACAGAGUUAGCUGACGUCAACUCGGUUUCCGAGUCUAACCAGGAUGUCAUUCGUAAGGUCAUCCGAGUUGACAAAGGACUGCGAUUGUCGUUAAAUGAACAUAAUAAACUGAGAGAGCAGCUCAGAGAGUUUCAGAAUAAUGACAAAGUACUUGCUGAUGUUGUACUGGAAACUGAGGAGUUAUGUCGUCAUCUCCAAGUCGCCAUAAAGGACAGUGGCAAUGCAGGCGUAAAAGUGAAAUGCAACCUUACCGAAUGUCGCGUUGCACUGAGAAAAUUGAAAGAUCAGGAAUCGGAAAGAUUAAGGGGUGUAGAGGAAUUACACAAAGACUCCAAUAAACUUAUGGCGGAGGUACACAAAUUGUAUCUGUUCACGGACUAUGGCAUUGAAUCUUUGGAAUCCGAUGAAGAAAAGACAAUGGAUUCACCAGAUAAAUCAAAAGUCGGUAAAUUCCACGAUGCCACAAAGCAACUAAUCACCGUUCAUGAGCGAUUCAACGUUAUACGUAGUAUGAAGGCAGCAUUACAAAUUGCUCUCAAUGACCUAGAGAAACAUGCCUCUUCGUCUCAGUCCGAUGCAAAAGACCAGAUGAUGAAGUUGAAUAUGCAGAUCACAGUCCGAGAGCAGGAACUCAAAGACCAGCAAUCGGAGGUCAAAAGGUUACGUGAAGAAGCAGAACAUGAUAAAACAGAAAUUUCUCGUCUACAAUUAGAAGUGAAUGACCGAUUUAAGUCUACACUUUCUGCGUCUGACGAGGAAAAGGUAUAUCUGAGAAACAAGAUCGAUGAUGUCCAGAGAAGGUUGGAUAUUGCUGAGAAAAACCUGAACGAGGCAAUGAAGGAAAAGUACAACCUUUUGACGAGGUUGAGCGUUAUGGCUGGUGCAAGACUAACCGACGAUAAUCCAUCUAUCAUUGACCUUAGUGACCCCUUUAGGCCAUCUAAACUGGCAGAGAUGUUUUCUAGACUGUAUGAUGAUGAAUGGACAAACGCCUACGAGACCUUAAUGAACCAGUUCUCUCUAGAAGAGACGGAAGCGAUACAACAACUGCUCUCUGUUGUCAUGGGAAGUUUCUCGUUCUGUGAUGUAACUGCACGGACGCAGAUGACAGACAUUCAUAAGGUUUUAUUCAUGUUGCAUCAAUCGGAGACAUCUAAUGCCAAGGUUGAGGAAAAGACGCAGCAACUGUCAACAGUGGAUAGCAAACAAAUCAGAGAGCUCCGAAAGUGGUGUGCUCCACAGGCAACUGACACAGUAGCCCAGCUUUUCAUUAAUGGUACCCGUGAUACAAAAUGGACCAAACAGCAAGUCGAUGCGUGUGAGCCAUACAUCAACAAAUGUGUAACUCUGUGUUGGUUAAUGAACGUCCAAAACCCUCCUGUUUAUAUGGCCAAAGACGUUGAAUCAGGUGACCCGUUUGAUGGAACCAGACAUAAGCAUUACACGCGGAUGGGCACAGUGGUGGACUUUGUGGUUUGGCCGACACUCCACCUCACAAAACAAGGCGCGGUACUGUGUAAAGGCGUUGUACAAACUAGGCGCCAACUGGAAUAGAUUUAACAGAAGAACCCUGUUCAGCACGCUUCAAUGAGAUUACACAUUAUGUUUUACUAAGUGUAUUGUGCCAUGUUUAAGUGAAACUAUU